AUGCCCCGCGUCGCUCAGUUUGUGGUUUCAGGCCUUUUGGCUGCCACAGUGGCUAAUGGCCAGUCAUUUGAUGGAGGCAGUCGAAGUGAAGAAGCUUUCAGUUAUGUCCAGCCCAAGAACACAACCAUCCUGGGCCCUUACGGACACUCCCCUGCCGUCCUUCCCUCACCCAACGCUACCGCUUCAGGUGACUGGGAGGAAGCCUACGCCAAAGCCCAACAGUUUGUCGCCAAGUUGACAAUCGAUGAGAAAGCCGACAUGGUCACUGGCCAGCCAGGCCCAUGUGUGGGAAAUAUUGUUGCCAUCCCACGGCUCGGGUUCCCAGGCCUCUGUUUACAGGACGGUCCACUAUCAAUUCGAGUAGCCGACUAUGCCAGUGUUUUCGCUGCCGGUGUCACUGUGGCAUCUACGUGGGACAGAGAUCUCCUCUAUGAACGAGGUUACGCCAUGGGACAAGAGUUCAAGGCUAAGGGUGCUCACAUCGCCCUCAGCCCUGUGGCCGGCCCACUCGGCCGCUCUGCCUACGCAGGCCGAAACUGGGAAGGCUUUGCUGCUGAUCCUUACUUGACCGGUGUCGCCAUGGAGAAGACCAUUCGCGGCCACCAGGACGCUGGCGUGCAAGCCACCGCCAAGCACUUUAUCGGUAACGAGCAGGAGACUCAGCGUAACCCUACCUACGACCCCAAUGGAACUCUCACAGAUGUUAUUCAGGAAGCACUUUCCUCCAACAUCGAUGACCGAACCAUGCAUGAGCUAUACCUUUGGCCCUUCGCCAAUGCCGUCCGCGCACAGGCUGCUAGCUUCAUGUGCGCAUACCAACGUCUGAAUGGUUCUUAUGCUUGCGAGAACUCCAAGGCACUCAACGGCCUUCUUAAAGAAGAGCUUGGUUUCCAGGGAUACGUUAUGUCUGACUGGGGUGGCACUCACUCUGGUGUCGCCUCGAUUGAGGGUGGUCUCGAUAUGAACAUGCCCGGUGGCCUCGGUGCCUACGGUAAAGUCCCCGAGGGUCAAGUUGCCGAUGAGACCUCUUUCUUCGGCAAGAACGUGACAUAUGCCGUUAACAACGGAACCGUCGAUGCAUCUCGUGUCGAUGAUAUGAUCGUCCGCAUUAUGACACCCUACUACUGGCUCGGACAGGAUGUUGACUACCCAGAGGUCGACCCCUCAUCCGCCGACCUGAACACCUUCUCUCCCAUAUCAAGCUGGUCCCGCGAGUACAAUCUCACCGGCGAGCGAAGCCGUGAUGUCCGUGGAGAUCAUGCCAAGAUGAUCCGCAAGCUCGCAGCUGAAGCUACAGUCCUGCUGAAGAACGAAAAGCAGGUCUUGCCCUUGAAGGCGCCUAAGAACAUCGCUGUCUUCGGCAACGAUGCCGGUGAGAACACAAUGGGCCCUGUGAACGAGGCCACCUUCGAAUUCGGCAACCUCGCAGCUGGUGGUGGUUCAGGUACCGGCCGCUUUACCUAUCUUGUCUCCCCGCUUGAGGCCAUCAAGACUCGCGCCAAGAAGGACAAUGCCCUUGUCCAAUACUUCUUGAACAACACCCAGAUCGCGACCAACGAUGUCACCGAUCUUUGGGUUCCCACCACCCCCGAUGCCUGUUUGGUCUUCCUGAAGACCUGGGCCGAAGAAGGUGGCGACCGCGAGCACCUGAAAGUGGACUACGACGGUGACGAUGUUGUCGAGUCCGUCGCCAAGUCUUGCAACAACACAAUCGUCAUCACCCAUUCCUCCGGUAUUAACGUCCUCCCCUGGGCCACUCACCCCAACGUCACCGCCAUUGUCGCUGCCCACUACCCUGGCCAGGAAGCCGGUAACUCCAUCGUCGAUGUCCUCUAUGGUGAUAUCAACCCCUCCGGCCACCUCCCCUACACAAUCGCCAAGAACGCCAGCGACUACAAUGCCCCUCCCACCACCGCAGUGUCUACCAACGGCACGUACGACUGGCAAUCUUGGUUCGAUGAGAAGCUCGAGAUUGACUACCGCUACUUCGACGCUAAGAACAUCUCCGUACAGUACGAAUUUGGCUUCGGUCUCUCGUACACAACCUUCACCCUCUCCGACCUCAGCACCGAGCCUGUGGCCGACUCUAUCUCCUCCAUCCCCGAAGAGAAGCCCAUUCAGCCCGGUGGUAACCCCGCUCUAUGGGAGACUAUCUACAACGUGACUGUUUCAAUUACCAACUCUGGUGAUGUCGAGGGUGCUACCGUUCCUCAGUUGUAUGUUACCUUCCCAGACAGCACCCCUGAGGGAACACCGCCCAAUCAGCUGCGCGGUUUCGAGAAGGUCUCUUUGGCUCCGGGAGAUUCGCGCACUGUUGGAUUUGAGUUGAUGCGCAGAGAUUUGAGUUAUUGGGAUAUUGUUUCCCAGAAGUGGCUUAUCCCCGAGGGCGAGUUUGUCCUUCGUGUUGGAUUCAGUAGUCGUGAUUUGAAGGCGGUCGCUAAGAUUACUCCUGUUUCCGCUUGA